CUUUAAUCUACAAAAGAAGAGAGAAACUUUCAAAGUUUUGGUGAAAAGAAAAGUGUCAAAUGUUAAGAGUAGUGUAUUAUAAACUUGGAAAAUUCAGCGAAUAAUUUGAAUCUUUGGUUGCCAAAAACAAACAAAAAAUACGUUAUAUAUGGUUCACUGCCUUUGAACUGGACUACAUCAUAUGUAUAUUAGAUGAUUGUAGUUUUUCGGCAACUCCAACAAGGUUGAGUGAACUUGGUAGCUAAGAAAUUGGCAUUUGAUAACGGAGAGAAAGAGAGAGAGUGAGAACUUUAAAUAUGUCAACAGAUCGAUUUCACAAAGCGGCCAAAGAUGGUCUUUUGGAUGUAUUGGCAGCAGCCACACGGAAGGAUACAAAUGCCAAGGAUAAUGAUUCCAUGACUCCCGUAAUGUGGGCAGCUUUUGAGGGACGUUUAGAUGCUUUACGUUUACUUUGCGGUAGAGGUGGUGACCCCGAUAAAUGCGAUCAAUUUGGUAAUACAGCCUUGCACUUGGCCUCUGCCAAGGGUCAUUUGCAUUGUGUUGACUUUUUGGUCAAAUUUGGUGUAAAUAUCUAUGCCCUGGAUAUCGAUAAGCAUAGUGCCAAGGAUUUGGCAGCCAUUAAUGGACAAGAUGAGAUCUUGCGUUACUUAGAUGUGGCCACAGCCAAUUUUGAAGCCAGCGAAAGAAAAAAGUCCAAAGCCCUUAAAGAGAUGGCCGAAAAGAGCUGCGAGAAACGGGUUAGAGAGUACAUGAAACGUCAGCAGCAGCCCGAUUAUGUUGAAGUUCCAUCUUAUGCCACCAGCAGCAAAUCCAGCAAUAUGUUGUCCACUUUAAAACAGAAGAUCUGGUCCAGUCAGGGCAAUCUGAAUAAGACACCGCGUCAGGAGCACAGUCCGUUGGCGCAAAGUGGCACGAAAUUCAGUGAUUUGGUUGGCAGUGGCAGCAGUAGUAGCGGUGGCUCCACCUUAGCCAGUCGUGUGGGAACUGUACAAAAGAAACAACAACACUCCAGCUCGUGUCCCCAUGCCCGUGAUCAGCAUGAGACAGAUGGCGGCUUUAAAGUGCGUGAAUUGGAGCCGGAUGGCAAGCGUACAAUAACUUCAUUGACGGGUCUACAACGUGACUCCGAGGUUCUAUAUGUGGGCACAUUUAGUUCCACUGAGGAGAGUGUGAUCGGGAAACGUGGCAAAAUCACCGAUGUCUUCGAAGUGGAGGCAAAUAAUAGUGAUGAACCCUUAGAUCGUAGUGCUAGUAGAUUAGCCCUAUCGCGUUCCUUCUCCCAGCCCGAUAUUCUUGGUGAUGGUCAGCUAAGUGAAGAUCUAUUGCUACAAAGACCAGUGGGUCUCUUUGAUAGACCCACCAUGUUGGGUAGCAUUGCCUUUAGACGUUCAGUGACUGCUGCUUUGAGUCAACUGCAAGUUAACACGGAUACAAGUUCAUCCACAUCGACAAUGCGUCAGGCCCAAAACAAAGGACACAACAACAAUAAUAAUAACAAGCCCAAGGGACGUUUGUAUUUGAAUCUUUCCGAUGAUACAGACUCAGAGGGCGGUGGACAUGAUAUGUAUAGCGAUGAGGAUGAUGAAGAUGAUCAGGAAACAGCUGGCAGUGCUCUCCAACGUUUCUUGGCUGUGUGGGCUCUAGAAGAAUACCUGCCAGUUUUUCAGAAACAAGAGAUUGAUCUGGAGACUCUUAUGCUGUUGACAGAGGCGGAUCUAAAGUCUUUGAGCCUUCCUCUGGGUCCUUUUCGUAAACUUACCUUUGCUAUACAAGAGCGUCGAAAUGCUCUGGCUAAUCCUGGUCCCUUGGUCGAUAGCCGUUUGUAAUUUUGUUAAUAAAAUUCUAUAAUAUUUAACUUUAUUUUCUACUCUAUAAAUAUAAUACGUAACAAGAAA